AUGCUCGACGCGACCGGGGCGAUGCUGGCGCCUCAAGCUUUAGCUCUCUGCCAGUACUACAGUGGGAUGUUGAUCUAUGCAAUAGAUACUUAUCUCAAGGAGCGCCAAAAGAAGGACUACCGGAAGCGCCAGGCAGCAUACUCAAGAGCAGACGCAGAAAGAUAUCAGCAAUUCUUUACCGAGCCGCCGGAUGGUGAAGCACACCCGCCCCUUCUGCAGGGCCCAUGGUCUGUAUUCAGAGAUCAAUUCUCCAUCUGGCGGACUGAGACUGGUUGUCCUGCGCCGCCUCAACAUUACCGGACCAUCUUCACGGCAUGA